CCAAGCCUGUUCAGAAAAGUACUUAAGCAUUCCUGGACUCUUGGUUGAACGGGGCGAGCCUCAUUCCCUGUAAUCGGAUAAAAAAGACGCUUUCAUUUGUUGAACAGCAUGAUGUAGGAUUGUAUCAACCAUGCUUCUCGGAGAAAGAAGUAUGGAACCGUGGGAGAGCUCUCCCAAUCAACAGGAGGACACUGAUAGUUGUACAGAAUCUGUGAAGUUUGAUGCUCGCUCAAUGACUGCUUUGCUUCCUCCGAAUCCUAAAAAUGGCCCAACUCUUCAAGAGAAAAUGAAGUCUUUCAAAGCUGCACUGAUUGCCCUUUAUCUCCUUGUGUUUGUAGUUCUUGUACCUAUCAUCGGAAUAGUGACAGCUCAACUCCUGAAAUGGGAAAUGAAGAAUUGCACAUUUGGUUCAGUUAAUGCAAAUGAUAUAUCUCCAAGUCUCGCAGGAAAAGGAAAUGACAGUGAAGAUGCAAUGAGAUUUCGAGAAGUCGUUACGGAACACAUGAGCAACGUGGAGAAGAGAAUCCAAUAUCUUUCAGCUAAUGAAGCCAAUCUCAUAGAUGCCAAGAAUUUCCAAAAUUUCAGUGUGACAACCGAUCAAAGGUUUAAUGACGUUCUUCUCCAGCUAAGUUCCUUACUUUCCUUCAUCCAGGGACAUGGAAAUGUAAUAGGUGAAGUCUCCAAGUCAUUAAUAAGUCUGAAUACCACACUGCUUGAUUUGCAGCUCAGUAUUGCAACACUGAAUGCCAAAGUCCAAGAGAAUGCAUUUAAACAACAAGAGGAGAUGAGUAACUUAGAGGAGCGUGUGUACAAUACAUCAGCAAAAAUUAAGUCUCUGGAAGAAAAACAAGUGCAUUUGGAACAGGAAAUAAAAGGAGAAGUGAAACUGUUGAAUAACAUCACUAAUGAUCUCAGGCUGAAGGAUUGGGAACAUUCUCAGACACUGAAAAAUAUCACUUUAAUUCAAGGUCCUCCUGGACCUCCAGGUGAAAAAGGAGAUAGAGGUCCCACUGGAGAAGUUGGUCCACGAGGCAUUCCAGGUCCAGUAGGUCCUCCAGGUCUUAAAGGUGAUCGGGGAUCCAUUGGUUUUCCUGGAAGUCGAGGAUUCCCAGGAUCAGUGGGGAAGACCGGGAGGCCAGGAAAUUCUGGACAAAAAGGCCAGAAGGGGGAAAAAGGGAGUGGAAGCAUGCUAAGACCAGCAUAACUCCCUGAUCGUAUUAGGGCAGGCCCCUUUGAAGAUCAGGUGGGUUGGGCGGGACACCCUGUGCUACCAUCUCACUAAAAGGACCUUCACCUCUGGACAAGUCACAGCACAACUGAUUCCAAGAUCCCUUUGUGGCUCCUCCAAACAACCUUGGUUCCCGAGUGGUGCCCGGCUUCCGCAUGCCUUCCUCUCCUGGUCCUUGGUACUGUUUGGGUCUCUGCUCCCCUGCUCAUACCUCUCCCCACUCCAGCACCCCACCAUCACCACCGUCCUGAGCUGGGAUGCCUCCCAUGUACUGACUGGCGGGCUGUUCCUACCUUCCUCCGAGCCAGGCCAGGAGACCUCUGCCACCCACUCACCUAGUGUCUCCUGAACCCAUCGGGUUCCAGGAGAAAUCUCAUGGAUACUGAUUAUAUGUGCAUUCUUUACCCUCAAAAAUACCAGUCUCAACCAGAGAUAGGGAUGCCAUAAAAGAAUCCAUUUGUUCAUUCAGCAUAUGUUUACUGUGUACCUCCUGGAGCUGGACUUAACAGCUAAUAAGAUAGCUGUUGUCCCUGGACUUCCUGAACUAAUUGUCCCAGAAAGACGUAGACAUGGAAACAGGCAGUUAUAUAAUAGAGCAGAGGUAUAUGGGGGGAAGGAACAGGGCUCCGUAGGUGUUCAGAGCAGGUCAAGAUUUUUAAAUUCCUUAGAAUUUUAAAAAAGGUAAAUUGACUUUGAUUUGCUUAGUUUACAUUCAUGUCUUCUUAUUCUCCAAUUUAUGGCAUAUUUUUUUUCAAGUUUUAUAGUGAGGUCAAGUGGAGCUGGGGCAGUUCAUUCAACAUUUUUGAAUCAAAGACCAAAACUUGUUUCCUUAAAAUACCUAGCUGUUUCAAGCAAGAAUAUUUUGAUCAUAAAAAAAAAAAAAAAUGCUGAAAAAAAAUGCUGAAAUUGUUUUAGUCUAAAAAGCUCUUUUCACCAGCCUGCUGCAUAAAAGCACAUGUAAAAAACAAAGUUCCUAAGUGUGCUAGUUAUGUUAUUGAAUAAAAACUGUAAAAAAAAUUUUUUUGUAAAACACAACUCAUUGUACUUUAUGCUUUAAAUAUCCAGUAUAGAUCCUGGAGAAAAAGAAAUAUUUCAGUAGAACUGGAGAUUCUUCACCUACUGGAGUAGGUGAAGAAAGGGCUGACAGUGAGAAAGGAGAAAAUGUAAGAAAAGGCAAACUAAAAAAAGGAAAAAUGUGGGAUUCCAUGUUAGUUUUGAAUGUCUCUCUAUUAAUCAACAGAUUGAAUUUUCUCAACUCUCCUUUCCUUCAAGGUUUAACACAUAGUCCCAGGAUUGACAACAUUAAGAUUCUAGCAGAAUUCUCAGUAGUGUCCCUAUAUGUGUCUCCCCACUUCCAUUCAUUCCCCAGUGAAAUGGGCAUCGUAAUGCCUACCUCACUGGAUUGUUGUGAGGGUCACAUAAGAUAUUGUGUGUACGCAGAUGCUCUGUAAUACUAUAAAGUGCUUUACACUCAUAAGGCAUAGUUCUCAGUGGUCGUGGUCUCUCUGAACCGGAGCUGCUCUUCCUCGCUGGUAUAAUGCAGACAUUUAAAAUCUGUAAUCAGGACAGGAGUGAGAGCCAAAUGAAAAUGCAAGAAGCUAAAUAAAUGCCAUGGACAAAAAGAGGCGCUGGAGAAUCAGAUAAGAUUUUACAUUAGAUAGAGCAACGCAAGUGUGACCAGAUCACACAUCAAUGAGUUUGAGCCGAGCAAAAGAGCAUAAGUUAUAAAUAAAAGGAGUGACUGAACAGAGUGCACGCCAGAGGCCAGAAGCUGUCAACAGAGGUCAGAACAAAAUGUCAGGCUAAUAAAACAGGAGUUCCAGGCUCUGAGGAACAAAGUCUGAGCCCAAGACACUGCUGAUGAAAAAGCUCCGAGAAGUGUUGAAACAAAUUAGAGUUGUCAGUGGUACUCUGGGUCUGUGCCGGCUUGACACCAAAGUCUCCAGGAAAAAAAGGGGCAGAGAGGUAUCAGAUCAUCCUCAGUAGUAGCAAGCUGGCAACGAUGAUGAGCCAGUUAAAGCAAACAUCUGGAGAUGAGUUGGAUCUCUUUGCCUGUGGUUUAAUUGGAUAGGACUUCCUACCCCAUUCUGUACCGGGGGGCAGGCAGCACCUGGGAGCCCUCUUCUUCUCCAGCAGUACUUGGUCCACACUUGCCACUGAUGGCCCUGAUCCCAGCGACCCUGGGAGACAAUGUCAGGGGAUUCGGUUCACCAGUUAUCUGGCACCCCAGACUGCAAAGGAAUUCUUAAGUGUGUCAAAUACGAACCUGAACUUUCCAAAUUAGGGGAGAAAGGCUUUUUUCUUUAGACAAAAGUAGAGGCUGAAAUGCCCUGUUCAAAUGCACAAAUUACACCAAAUUUAAUAACUUAUAAUAAAGAGAAAACAAGUCUGCACCAAGUUCUAAAGCUUGUCCUAAUAGUUUGCUGUGUUCUCACCCUAACUUGAGAGUGUAUGUGUUUCAAGCAAACAGAAUUCCGGCCAUACAAUGAAACACUUUGUGUGAGGUUCUGUCCUCAACAUACCAAUUACUAAUGUGUCAUUUGUUAGUGUUUUCUACUGUGCUUUUAACCCAAUAAGACUGUAAUUAGGAUGUGAAUUUAGAGUAAAUGUCUUAUUUUGAAACUCAUACAAUGAUAUGAAAUAGCUGUAUGUCUUUCAUUUGAUUUCUGCUGAGGACUCAGCACAACCUUUAAUGAAUUCUGGUCUUUCUCCAAGCAUUCAGUUGACCAAAGGAAAGGCUUCUCUUCCAACCAUGAAAUAAGUAUAAUAAUGAGCUUUUAGAAAAUAUUUACUCUCCAACGCAGGGGCUUUAAUGUGUUAUCUCAUCUGAUCUUCAGAAGAGCCUUUGAGGUAAGUCCUAUCAUCAUUCCCAUUUUAUAGAUUAGAAACUGAAGCUUACCACUAAGUGUUAGAACAGAAUCACAAAGCCUGGUGUAUUGAUCUCCAAAGUCCCUAUUUGUAACUGUGACUCCAUUCAACACUCCCACAACUAGCUUUAUAUAUUUUUUAUAUAUAAAUAUCACAAGUAUGUCAUACGGAAGGUGUGGAGAGAGGAAGAAGGAAGGGAGAGGAAGAGAUUUAUAAAGAGCAAUUUGGUUUUCUAGAAUGGGCCUAAUCAUUGAAAGACCUUAAGAUAAGAGUUCUUACAAUAUGAACUCCAUUAGGUCAAAUUCCCAAAAAACAUUCUCAAUUAAUCUCUGUUAGUUUAUGUUUCUUCCUUCAUAUCCCAUUCCAGCCAUUGCCUCCAGUCUCUUCCCCCAAGUAUAUUAACUCAGAAACAUAGUCUUCCUAGAAUGCUUACCUAGCCUCCAUUGUUGUAUUGAGUAUUACUCAUAUGCACAAGGGCAAGAAGCUACCCGCUAAUAUUCUGUCUUUAUUUCCGUAACUGGCUCAAUUUGAACAUUUUUUUUUUCAAUAUAAUGUGGUUGCUUUGAUGUCCUCUUGUUUUAUUGUGUCUCUCGUUUAACCUCUCACUGUCCUUUUCUCAGUAGCCCAGCUGGGCUUCAGCAGAGCAGAGUGUACCUGAGCAGUGAUGUCUCCAGCUGACUUAGAUAAAUGCUGCUCAUUCUUGACAGUUACGUGGUGUUUCAAGCUUUAUAUGAUUCCAUAAAUGGGCGCUAAAAACGUAUAGUAUUCCAUUAACACAAUACAUGUGUUUCUUUGUAGUAUGUAUAACUAAUAUGUCUUGUAAAUUGAAAUAGAAAUUUAAAUCAGUAGUGAAUCCAGUGGUUAGCACUGGUCCUGUUUAGGAGUUAUCCCAGCUGACUUACAGCCUGACUCUCACCAGAGCUAAUGAGAAGGAAGAAAAAAGAACACAUCAAUACGGUUCCAGCCAGGUCUUCUGCAUUAGCAAAAUUUGAAAUUCCUCCAGUUAUGUGCUGGAGUUCAGAUGGAGUAGAGAGACCCAACAUGCCACUUUCCCAUGCCUCCACGACCUCGGAGGACCAAAUGGCUUUCUUCUUCAGAGAACCAGGUCCUGGCUUCCUGUUCUGCAGUAAAUGUAGUCACGCUAAUACAGAAUUGUUUCUUUUGUUCCAAUUCAAGCACUUACCGAAUAUAGGUUAUAGGUUCUAGCCUUUUUUUUGGCCGCACCAGGAGACU